UCCAACUUUAAACACACUAGAAAAAUUAGAAUCGAAACUUCUUCAAAAAUGAAAUUCUUCAUUGUUGCUCUUGUUUUGGUGGCCGGCGUUUGCGCUGAUGUUUCUGAAUUAGGUUACGAUUAUCAACAACCUGCUCCAGCAGCUCCAGUACAAAACUUUGUUCCCGCUCCUGAACAAAGUUAUAUUCCUCCUGCUGCUUCUGCCCCUGCUCCCGUUCAUCAUCACCCAGCCCCUGCCCCCGCUCCUGUUCACCCCGCCCCUGCUCCCGUUCACCACGCUGCCCCAGCUCCCGUUUAUCAUCACCCCGCCCCUGCUCCAGCUCCCGUCCAUCACGCCGCUCCUGUUGAAACUCCCGGUUACCAUCUCCCAGCUCCAGUCCAACACCAUGCUCCUGCCCCAGCUCCCGUUCAUCACGCCGCUUCUGCUCCAGCUCCCGUUUUCCAUCAACCCGCUGCAUCUGCCCCUGCUCCAGCUCAUGAUGAUGGUUACUCUUACUCUCAACCUCAAGCUGAUCAAGGUUACAGAUAUAAGACUGUCCGUCGCGUUGUCUACAGACACCGUGCUUAAACUGUGAUCCCAUUUCAUUAAACAUUUUUUAAUUGACUACCGUGACUGUAUUGAUAAGAUUCCCCCAUUUUUGAAGAAAUCAAAAUAAAAUUGUUUGUUAUACAUUUAA